CAACAGCUGCGCAGAACACCCGAGGUGGGCAGCAGCCGAUGCAAAAUAAAUCGAAGCAGGCUGUGGUGUUGUGAGGUGCGCAGUGAGGUUUGCUUCGCAUUUUCUGCGAUAUCACCGCUCUCCGUGAGUGUCCGGUGUUCAGGCGUUGCGUUUUGUGUCUACGGGCAUCGAAACAUCUAACGAGCUGUCGGGAAAGUGCUUAUGGAGGUACUGCAUCACGCUGUUCUCGAUUUUAGUACCAGUAAUGGCAGCCUGGUGGUUGAGGUGAUAUCGCAGAUGUGCAGCGAGACCCAUCGUCCUAGUUGAGCGGAUGAUUCUGAUCCGGCUUUUAUGGAUGUGAUGUUCGUCUCGUGCAAGCCAGACGAGACGGCGAGAGUGGCACACAAAUAGACGGAUGUGUUGCAGGUGGUGGCGGGCGGAUAGGCUGAGCCAGGGAGCGGGCCAGGGAGCGGGCCAGGGCCAGGGCCAGGCGCAGGUGCAGGGCCAGGGGCAGGUGCAGGCGCAGGGCCAGCCGGGCCAGGCGGCACCCGCACCCGAGCAGCGGCCGCGGCGCGCAGCCGGCCUGCAUGGCAGGGCCGGCCCCACCACCAUGGUCAAGACGUUCCAGGCCUACCUGCCCAACUGCCACCGCACCUACUCGUGCAUCCACUGCCGCGCCCACCUCGCCAACCACGACGAGCUCAUCUCCAAGUCCUUCCAGGGCAGCCAAGGAAGGGCUUACCUCUUCAAUUCAGUGGUGAAUGUGGGAUGUGGCCCUGCAGAAGAGAGAGUCCUGCUCACGGGACUCCAUGCUGUUGCCGAUAUAUACUGCGAGUGCUGCAAAACAACACUGGGGUGGAAAUACGAACAUGCUUUUGAAUCAAGCCAGAAGUAUAAGGAAGGCAAAUACAUCAUCGAGUUGGCUCACAUGAUAAAAGAAAAUGGUUGGGAUUGAACAACAGUUUAGCCCAAUGUUGCCUCAUGGGAGGCUCCCAGAUUGUCCCACACUGCAUGCAUGCUUGGAUGAUCUUCUGUAUUGUGAGAAUUUAAUUUGUGUUGAAAACCAGAAGAAUAGAACCAGUGAAGGAAAUGAACCAUGACAUUGUGUGGUAACACACAAGACUCCACACAUGUGUGCCUGCACCCAGUGGUGUUAGCAAAGAGAGUGUACUGAAAGGAACAGAAGCGCUCUUCUUGGUCUUAAUAAAGAAGAAAGUAAAAGUAAAUAUAUGUUACAAGAAUGUGCAUUCGACAUCGACAGAGACAAUUAUAAGAUAUGUGUUACUUCAUGAACAGGCUCUAGAGAUAAGUUACAGAUUUCUAUGCUUAGUUUGCACUGUUCAUUGUUUUUAUAUCUAUAAAAGAAAGCAUUAAAUGUGGGAGGCGGUAUUAGACCUAUGGACGCAAAGUGAAGUCCACGUUGUUUUAUCUAUUGGGUACCUGGCGGCAGAAGGAAGCGGAGCCUCAUGCAUCCGCAGAGAUCUGAAAAGUUAUAUUAUGUACUUACUGUGUGCCAGGUGAGGCGAUGGCCACUGACUGCACGCUCGGCUGUAGUGCUGAGGCAGAAACUGCUUUUCAGUUUGUGUGAAUUAAGUCUGACAAUUUGCUUACUGAUAAUGUUUUCUCCAGAUAUGCAGUUGUGGACUUUACCAUUGCAAGUUUAGCUUGAUGUGAUAAGUGGUGGCAGUCUUAUCUUUUAUUUGCAUCAGAGUGAUCUUGAUUAAUUUAUACAGUUGUUGGAGAGUUUGGUUGAUGAAUGCUGUGAGCUUUUUUUGACACUUUAGACUUAAGUGUACUUAAGGAAGAAAAUUCAGUUUAAAAAGCUUUUAAUAAUUUGAAUAAUCAUGUCUCACUUUGCUGCAGAAAAGAGAAAUUGCCAUCACAACUCUUUUUUGGUAACCCAGUCUAGUCUUUCAGUCUGUGCAUUCAUUAUUAUUUCCCUUGUAUUAGAUAGUAUUUGUACGAAUUUUUGUUUUUCUUUAUGUCCUCUUUUUUUUUUUCUUUCUUUCAGUCCUCACAUGUUUAAUUUGGAGGUAGUUCAGGGGUAGAUAUCAUCUUUCCAGAAUACAGUGAAAACACUUACACUUUGAACUUCAUCAUUCGAAUAUUUUCUUUCUACCGAUUUCAUGUUGACAUUGUCAGAUGAAUGGAACAUUUUGUUUCUUUGAAUUUUUUUUUUUUU